AUUAAGUAGUUAAGUACAAUUUAAUUCAUUAUAUUUAGGCUAGUCGAAUCUACCAAAUCGGAGUUAUCAUUUUUUAAUUAUUUAUCCCUGGCGACAACAAAUUUUAACUUAAUUUUAUUAAAUAGUUUUUAAUUAAAAAGUGAUCUAGAAAAAUGGUAAUGAUAAAGAAGUUUUUCAAGAAAAUGCUUGCAAAGUUGAGCUGACAAAAAAAGUAAUAGUUAUAUUGUAGCCUUAAGAAAGGUUGGUUGAAAAAAUGUUUUGAAAAAGAUAAUAAAAAACAUUUUAAAUAAUAAAAUUCCAUAAUUGUAUAUAUUUACCUGGAAAGAAUCACAUAACAGCAAACGAAUACGUUUAUUUAACCUAUUAUUAUGUAAUUUUUUAUUACAAUGUCUUAAAACAGCAAAUACGCAAUAUUGGUAAAAUUAGCAACUUUGACUUUCCAUGUCUCUAGAAUAAAAAGCCGGCCCCAUUUGAAAUUUUCUAAGGAUUAAUAUCUCAUUAUAAACAAUUAUUUAGUACCAGGCAGAAGUCUAAAUUCAAGGGUGAAAAUUUUUUUGGCUAUUUUUGCGGUUGCUCUAUGUGAAAUUUUUAUUUAAGAAUGCUUGAAUAAAAAUUCUACAAUUUAAUGUAAUAAUUUUUACAAUAAUUACAAAAUUAAUUUCUGAAAUGUAUUCAGCACAAUCAAUAAUUGUGUUAAAAUGAUUUCAAUACUACAAUUAUGUAACUUGUAACCGCGCUUGUGAACGACGGCCAACUUCGCCUCCGUCCCUGGUCGCGGCCCUGAGCCGCCCGGGUGUCGGGGCGACCGUUCCUCGUAAUAUCUUCGAUGCAAUACGUAGUUGGGCGCCAGGUACGUUAAGCGUACUACUCUGUCUACAUCAAAUCACAAAUUAGCGUUAUGCUAGUGAGACCGCGGAAAAUACGGGCGCUCGUUAGUCCUGGUCUACAACCUUGCUUUAAGGGUAUUUAAGCUUUAAGUCGUAAGCAUUAAGAGACGUCAUUUCCGUCUCUAAAACAUUCCCACCCAAUAUUUAAGCAUUAGCAGUUAAAUUUAAGCAAAUUGUGCAAAACUCAAUUCUUACGGUCUUGAGCAUAAAGCUUAAAUGCAGACAUACCAUUUUCAUUCAAUCAGCGAAGAGGACGUUUUGUCAGAAAAAAUACCGUCGACCGUCACUUGUGGAUAUAACCUCUCGGCUCUCAUUUGCCGAUAUAAACCUUCGAUCAAUAAAUAGAUUAGUGAUAAUCGCAAUGGAAGGCAUGGAAGAAGAAACAAUUAGUGAUGAAAUCCUCAUUACUUUGGUGCGAGAGAACCCGGUGUUAUAUGAUAAAAAACACCGGGAUUAUAAAAACCAGCAGGUGAAGAAAGACACAUGGAAUAUGAUACGAGAAGUAUCUGGAUUAUUAUCAUCAGUUGAACAAUUAGAGAGCAGAUGGAAUCAGUUGCGGAAUCAAUUUGGAAAAAAGUUAAGAGAAAGGAAAGCAAAACUAGCUAGUGGAUCAAGCGGAGGAUCAGCAGCAAAGAAAGUAGAAUGGCAUCUCUAUGUCAUUUUUGAUCCCAUAUAUUGCUCAUCGAAAGUGAGUUUGCUAAGCAGUUUACUAAAGCAAUGAGUUUGUUAAGCAGUUUGCUAAGAAAAGAUUCUCACAUUUAUGUCUUAUUAAAAUAAUAAACGUACAUAUGUUUAUUAUAGAGGUCGUAGUUUUAUGGGGAAUGUACGUUCUGCUAUACCACCCAUGUCAUCUAGAGUCGAGAAUGUAUGUUCUACUACACCUCCUCUGUCACCUAGAAGCGGGAAUGGACAUUCUGCUACACCACCCAGAACCUCUUCUCCCAUAUUGCUGUCACUAGUACCGUCUAACCAUCAAGGAGCGACUCCAAUCAUCGAGGAGUAUCUUGAUGUAGUAGUGUAUCCUGAUGAUAUGCUUACUAGUAAUAACAAUAGUCAAUGUGAUAAUACUACAGGUUCAGACAGUACAAAUUCUCAAAAAAUUAAGUCAAAAAAUUCUAGUAUAACAAGGAAAAAAGUUAUUUCUGAUUCAGAUAAUUUU